CUUACUUCUAGUCUAAAUUAGAUAGCAAGACGUAGUGCCGGAGCUCACAGAUCGCGUAGAAUUAGUUUCAAGUACUAGCGGUAGUUAAACAGUGAAUCUGAAAUUCAACAUGGACUCCCCUCCAGAUCCAGCGAGCGACCCGGGCAACAGCGCCUCGGAGCCGGCUACCCCGGUCAGGGAAACCCCGGUAAACCUGGAGACGCUCCGGAAAGCGGACCAUCCAGCCCCGGUUCGAAGGCAGACCUGCUCAAGCACCAACAGAGGUAUCUCAGUAACAAAGAAGACGCACACCUCUCAAAUCGAAAUAAUUCCCUGCAAGAUCUGUGGAGACAAAUCAUCAGGCAUCCAUUACGGCGUGAUAACAUGUGAAGGCUGUAAGGGCUUCUUCAGGAGGAGUCAGCAGAGCAAUGCAGCCUACUCCUGCCCCCGUCAGAAGAACUGCCUGAUCGACCGCACCAGCCGCAACCGCUGCCAGCACUGCCGGCUGCAGAAGUGCCUGGCAGUGGGCAUGUCACGAGAUGCGGUGAAGUUUGGCCGCAUGUCCAAGAAGCAGCGAGACAGCCUGUACGCUGAGGUCCAGAAGCACCGGCUGCAGCAGCAGCAGCGUGACCACCAACAACAGCCCGGAGAGGCUGAGCCGCUUACACCUAGCUAUGGCCUCUCCGCCAAUGGCCUCACAGAGCUCCACGAUGACCUCAGCGGCUACAUGGACGGUCACACUCCCGAUGGCAGCAAACCAGACUCGGCGGUCAGCAGCUUCUACUUGGACAUCCAGCCGUCUCCUGACCAGUCAGGCCUGGACAUCAACGGCAUCAAGCCGGAGCCCAUCUGCGACUUUGCCCCUGGCUCUGGCUUCUUCCCUUACUGCUCCUUCACCAACGGAGAAACCUCCCCCACCGUGUCCAUGGCUGAACUAGAGCACCUGGCCCAGAACAUCUCCAAGUCACACAUGGAGACAUGUCAGUACCUGAGGGAGGAGCUGCAGCAGAUGACCUGGCAGGCCUUCCUGCAGGAGGAGGUGGAGAGCUACCAGAGCAAGCCCCGGGAAGUCAUGUGGCAGCUGUGUGCUAUCAAAAUAACAGAGGCCAUUCAGUAUGUGGUGGAGUUCGCCAAGCGCAUCGACGGCUUCAUGGAGCUGUGUCAGAACGAUCAGAUAGUGCUGCUGAAAGCAGGCUCUUUGGAAGUCGUGUUUGUCAGAAUGUGCCGUGCCUUUGACUCGCAAAACAACACAGUCUAUUUUGAUGGAAAGUAUGCCGGACCUGAUGUGUUCAAGUCAUUAGGCUGUGACGACUUGAUCAGCUCCGUCUUCGAGUUUGGGAAAAACUUGUGUUCUAUGCACCUGUCUGAGGAUGAGAUCGCCCUGUUCUCCGCCUUUGUGUUGAUGUCUGCUGACCGAUCUUGGCUCCAGGAGAAGGUGAAAGUGGAGAAACUCCAGCAGAAGAUCCAACUGGCCCUCCAGCACGUCCUGCAAAAGAACCACAGAGAGGAUGGUAUUCUUACAAAGUUGAUAUGCAAAGUGUCGACACUGCGAGCGCUGUGCAGUAGGCAUACAGAGAAGCUUACAGCUUUCAAAGCAAUAUACCCAGACAUUGUGCGUGCCCACUUCCCCCCCUUAUACAAGGAGCUGUUCGGAUCAGACUUUGAGCAGUCCAUGCCCGUUGACGGGUAGCAGCCCAGCCAGGUGCCAGUGUGCCCACCGUAGGGGAAUGUGGAGGAGGAAUCUGAGACACUUUAUUGGUGCCCUGCACAAACCAGAGCGGACAGAUGGCACGCUGUUCAACUUCUUCUUCUUUUACAUCGGGGGGGGGGGGGGCUUAGGGAGUUGAUUCUCAAGGUUUACUUUAUUGAAUUUGAGUUCUCUUUUGGAAGACUUGUGGGACCCAACACCCCAUGGGACACGAAGAGGAGAUAGGGAUAAAUAAUUUCUGUCUGGCUGAACUUGACCCUCUUUUGCGCAUUUGAUUUGCAAAAUUUCAGUCAUUAUUUUCACCAGUAUUUAAUGUGAUUCAUAUGACUGAUUGAAACAGCUGAAGACGUCUUCAAUUAGAUAAUAAAUCAGCACUGGUGUUAUUAUUUUCAGAUUACAUUCUCAAAACAGUAUUUUCACAUUUAAAACUUUUAAAAAUUGGUAUCCCUCUAUGCCCAAACUGAAAUAAACAGCUGACAAAUGUGCACAUUUUGGUCAAGUUCAGGCCCUUGUUUUCUCUCUUGUGUUCGGUCGUAUCUUUUUGGACGCGGUUCUUGGAAUGAAAACUCACAGCGACUUUGAGGGAGGGUCUGUCGGCAUGGUGAUGCAAUCGGCACCUCUCUGUGGACAAUCGUUUAAAAAAGGAAAAAAAAAAGAAACAUAGAAUUCUGGUAAUUCUAAUGAAAAUUGCAAUGAUUUUAGCUGUCAAAGACUCCAUCCACCAUUGUUGCAUAGUGAAAUCAUGUAAGGCCAUCUGCUAUUAAUCCUUCUCUGGACAGGUGCCCUGGAGAAGCAACAGGGCACCAACACAAUGAAAAGGGUCCAUUCCACCUGUUUUAUAAUGUACUACAGGGUAUAUGGUCAUAAGUACUUACUAUACAGAAAAAAGUAAUGUUUAUAGAAUCUAUUUUAAAUAACAUGUAUGAUAUUAGUAGUUAGACCAUUCUUAAUUGUUGAAUUGAUAAGGCACUUUUAUUUACACCUUUCUUUAAUUUAAGACUUGUAUAUUUACCUAGUGAUGUGUUGCAUGUGCACAAGAAAUACAAGUUGAACCAUGGUCAUGGAGGCUAGUCCUGGGAGCUGCAGAGGAUACUGGUCUGGAAGUGUAAGGGCUGUCUGUUAGGCUUGCUGGCGAGGCCGCUGGUUUGUGAACAAAGAGGCAUGCAUGAGAAGGCAGGUUAGGGGAGCUCCGUCACCUGUUACCUCAACAGCCGCCGGCACGACACCUGUCAAAAUGUAGCUUGCAUACUCCUUUCAGCGAGAAUGCACACAUACAAGUGACAUUACAGCGUUGUGGCUUUCUUGAUCUUUGUUUUGAAGGAUGGAGGUUGAAUGGCAUUUGUUGUUCAGGAUAAUUUGUAUUUUAUGAAGUGUGUGGGGUACUAAUCCAUAGUCAGUUUAUUACGAACAGUAAAUACUAGUUGGCACGCCCCCAGUUUAGAAAAGCAGGCUGGAGUCUGUCACAGAAGCUAAGUAAUUUACUGCU